GCUUCAUCAAUUAAUGUUCCCACAAGCCGAGCCAUCUACAAUCCUCAAGCUUUUUCGACUCCUCGUGCUCUGCCCAAUGCAUAUAUCACUCUGCGACGCUUGAAAUGAUGCCUCGAAGAUGGGAUCUUCCUCCAUGGCAGGAUUUAAGAGUCCUGAUUGCGUUCCUCUUCUUGCCAAAUGUCCAGUCUGCAUUGGGCCAGGUACAGUCGAGAUCUACUUAUCCCGCGCCGAUUGUUGUGCCAUCAUCUGAGAGUUGGGACGGCAAUGAUGGCCCCUGGUCAACUUUUGUCUUCCAGAUUGGAACACCCCCGCAGACAGUCAAACUUCUUCCAUCAACGGCCUCCUACGAGACAUGGGCGAUUGCACCCGAGGGAUGUCAACCAGGAGACCCUUCCAAUUGCCACACAUUGAGAGGCGAGCUGUACAAUUACAAUACCUCAUCGACUUGGGAUCCGAAUCUUACCAAUACAUCAUCGCAAGUGUAUCCACUCGAACUUGAAGUGCCGUUGGGCUAUACCGGCAAAGGGCGCUAUGGAUUUGAUGAUGUUACUUUUGGAUACAUAGGGAGUGGAGGUCUGCUGGUCAAGAACCAGUCAAUUGCGGGUAUUGCUACGAAGAGUUAUUUUAUGGGACUCUUUGGAUUGACACCUCGGUCCAAAAACUUCACAAGUUUCAACAAUCCUAUCCCAAGUUUUAUGCAAAGUUUGCAGAGUCAAUCCACGAUCCCAAGUCUCAGCUGGAGCUACACUGCAGGAAACCAAUAUCGACUCGGGAAUGUGCUCGGAAGUCUCAUUCUGGGGGGGUAUGAUUCUUCACGGUUUGUCAAGAAUAAUCUCAGCUUUGCCCUCGAUGUCGACACUGAAAUCGCUGUCGGAUUGCAAGCUAUCACAACUGGCACCGGCCAGUCUCUUCUUCCUUCACCCAUCACAGCAAUAUCUCUGGAUUCAACUCUGCCAUACAUUUACCUACCAAUCGAAGCAUGCACUCAAUUCGAGAGCGUUUUUGGCUUGACCUGGAAUGAUACAGCCCAGCUGUAUUUACUUACUGAUUCCCAGCACUCAGCGUUGCGAUCCCAAAAUCCUAGCAUCACAUUCGCGUUGGGAACCCCUCCAUACACGGUUAAUAUCACUCUGCCAUACGCAGCUUUCGACCUAAACGCAUCCUGGCCUCUCGUCUCUUCUACGACGCCAUAUUUUCCACUGCGGCGGGCGGUGAACGAUACAUACGUGCUUGGAAGGACAUUCUUCCAAGAAGCAUACGUUAUUGCAGAUUACGAAGCCAAGAGCUUUUCAAUUUCCCAAUGCAAAUGGGACAAACCACUCUUACAAAACAUUGUCACAAUCCUUCCACCAAAUUCGACAAAUAGCACGGGCACCGCGACCACCUCGAACAGCCUUCCAACAGCCGCGAUAGCAGGUAUCUCCGUAGGAGGCGCAGCCAUCGUUGUGAUCUCGAUUUUACUCUUGUAUCUGUUCCACUUUAAACCCCGACGCCAACGUGUGGCAGAACUUCCAACGAACACCCCGCCGCCUGCCUUAGAUCAAGUCCAAGUCCUGAAAGCUGAGAUGGGAGACACGAGCGUUGCAUCUCCUAUAUUGUGCGAGGCAGAAGGAACGAAACACACUCCACCAGUGGAGAUCGGGGAAGGGGAGCGGCCCAUUUAUGAGUUGCCAGCUCGCGAAGUACCUGCUUCGGAGAUCAACAGCGUAAAUGAGCCGAGGGAGAUAAUAGCAAGGCGGAAUCAUGUAUUUUUCAAGGGUUGACGAAGUCGAUGUAUAGAGAAUAUAAUUAAUGAUCCUUCGGGUAAAACUCGAGAGCGCACUUUGAUGCAAG